AUGACUACAGAUCCUUUGCUAGACCUGCUUUCAGAAGGGGAGGCCAAUGUGCCCAACUACAGGUGUGGAAGGCAGAGAAACACAGUGGCUGUUCUGGAAGGAGCUGAGACUGGCAUCUCCAUCCAGAUUUCAACUUUGUUGGGUAUCUACAAGACUCCUCAGGAUGGCUUUUCGGUAAAAGUCUGGAGACGGUGCAGGCAGAAAGAAGAACUGGAGGCUUUGAGGAAAGGGGACAUCAAUAGGAUCCUGACCCUGGACAGCUACCUCAUUUACAACACCAUCUGGGCUCUUCACUCCUUCCUUAAAAGCUCCCAGUUUCACAAUAAUUCCAUAGACGAUGUAUAUUUGGAUGAGAGAGGAGAUCUGACAGCUGACCUGGAUGUUGUGAACUGGGUCAUUUUUCCCAACAAGUCUGUUAAGAAAGUGAAAUUCGGGAAUCUAGCAAAACGGGUAUCCCAGUAUUUUGAAUUUACAGUAGAUCAGAUGAGUAUCACACAGAUGGAAAUGCUGAACAAGUCCCUGCCUCUUUCCAGAUGUGUGGAAGGCUGUCAUCCUGGAUUCAUGAAGGUGGCUCAGGAAGGAAAACCUAUUUGUUGCUAUGACUGUCUUCCUUGUGCAGAAGGAACCAUCUCCACUGUGGAAGAUGCUGAAAAAUGUACCAAAUGUCCAGCCGAUCGAUUUCCAAACUUCAUCAGAGAUAAUUGCAUACCUAAGAUUGAAACUUUCCUAUCCUAUCAAGAACAUUUGGGGAUCAUCCUAGCUACUCUUGCCUUACUUCUGUCAUUGGUAACAGUCUUAGCCUUGGGAAUCUUCAUUAAAUUCCAAGACACUCCCAUAGUCAAAGCCAACAAUCGGGAUCUCUCCUACAUCCUCCUCACCUCCCUCUUGCUUUCCUUCUUGACAUCAUUCCUAUUCAUUGGCCAGCCAAAGACAGCCACUUGCCUUCUCCGACAAACAGCCUUCACCAACAUCUUCUCAGUUGCCAUUUCUACAGUCUUGGCCAAAACAGUCACUGUGGUUUUAGCAUUCCUUGCCACAAAACCAGGGAAUAAUAUACAGAGAUGGCUAGGGAAGACCUUGGCCAAUUCUAUCAUCCUUUCCUGUUCUGGCAUCCAAGUUGUCCUCUGCAGCAUCUGGUUGGGCACUUCUCCCCCAUUCCCUGAGUCAGACAUGUACUCACAAUCUGCAGAGAUCAUCCUGCAAUGUAAUCAAGGCUCUGUUGUCAUGUUCUACCUUGCCCUUGGCUACAUGGGUUUCCUGGCUGUAAUCUGUUUCACGGUAGCUUUCCUGGCCAGGAAUCUACCUGGGGCCUUCAACGAAGCCAAGCUCAUCACCUUCAGCAUGCUGGUCUUCUGCAGUGUCUGGAUAUCCUUCCUUCCCACCUACCUGAGCACAAAGGGGAAGAACAUGGUGGCUGUGCAGAUCUUCUCCAUGUUGGUUUCAAGCACUGGCUUGCUAUGCUGCAUUUUUACUCCCAAAUGCUACAUUAUUUUUUUAAGACCAGACCUGAAUACAAAAGAACAUUUGAUGUCAAAAUAA